AUGAAAGGUUACAAUGAGCCCAAAUCUCGAGUCGAGUUGAUAUUGGCAGCAAGGUGAGCAUUUAAUUUGAAUUUUACAGGUAUUGUUUUGUUUCAGUUAAAAAAAUAUAUUAUUUUAGGUAACAAGUCUUAAUUUUCAAAAGUAUUUAUGUCAGUUUGAGAAAGUUGAGAAAUUAAACGACAAUAUUUUAUAUUUUAGAAACUUAGCAGAUCGCGAUGUUAUGUCCAAAAGUGACCCGAUGUGUGUGGUCUAUAGGGUGGAUAAUAAUGUAGCUCGCGAGGUGGCUCGAACAGAGACGAUAAAGGACAAUUUAAGUCCUAAAUGGGGCACAAAAAUAAAGCUGGACUAUUAUUUUGAACGAAGACAAACUUUGCUUUUUAAAAUGUAAGUUUAACUUUGAUUUAUGGUAUCAAUUUUGAGUUCAACAUAUUUUUAACUCUAAAACAAUAUUUUGUUUAGUUUAAAAUUUUUUGGACAUUUAAAGGUUUUAUUAAAGUUAAGAUUUAUGUAAAAUAUAAUUUUAAAUGUCUUAAAAUAAUAUUUCUUGUUGUAGAUACGAUAUUGACUCUCCUACUGCCGAACUUACCCAUCACGACUUCUUGGGGGAAUGUUCUACUGAUCUGGCUGAUAUUCUAGCUGCUCCUCAUGGAUACCUUACAAUUUCUUUGAGGUGAGUUCUAACUUUAUAUUGUUUUAUGUUUUUAGUGGAUGGAGCGGUGCUCGCGGCCAUAUGAUCGUAUUUGCUGAAGAGGUUACUCAGGUGCAGAACGACUUCUUUAUCUUCAAGAUACAGGCGAUUGAUCUGCAUAAGAAGUUCCACUUCAUUCAACCAGACACGUACCUAGAGUUUCUAAGACAUUUGCCGGAUGGAAGGUAGGACUGUUGUGGAUAACUUUAUUGUUAUGUUAUAGUAAGCAUAUGUUCAUUUAAAGUAAUGUUUUUAGUAGACAUCUAGUGCUGCGAACAGCAGUUGUGAAUAAUUCGUGCUUUCCAACGUAUUCUCAAGUCGACUUACAGAUACGACAGUUGUGUGGUAAUGAGCUGACAAAGUAAGUACCAGUUUUUUUUAUAUUCUGUUUACUGUUGUUGUAUUUGACAUUAUUUAUUGAUUUUAGCGAGUUUACCAUACAAUGCUUUCGAGUUGGCUCGAAUGGAAAGUAAGUUUUUACUGUGGUUGUAUAAUGGCCUAACUAAACAUCUUCUUAUUUUUUGUGUAUGAUAAUGAGUUUGCUGAUAACUUUUGUUGUAAAAUUAUAGCUUGUAAAGUCAUACUGUAACAUUUUCAGUAUGUUGGUAGGAGAAGUUACGACAACAUUUGACAAGAUCAAGUCUAGUGGGAGUACACCGUUGCCUAUCUUGAAUCCAAGGAAGAUACGACGAUCGAGUUACAAGGAUUCUGGAGCUCUUCGGUUUCUAGAAGCUAGACACGAGAAAGCUCAUUCGUUUGUUGAAUUCAUUCGUGGAGGGUAUGUUAUAAAUGUUAUAGGGUCCUGAGAGGGAAGUAUAUUUUAAAGUAACUGUUAACGUAUUGUAUAAUAUGGUCUUUGGGUAUUCCAAUAUAGAUUUAUCCCUGUAUUAAAACAACUUUUCCAUUUUAGGUUGCAACUAGACUUUGCCGUAUGUAUUGACUUCACGGCUUCGAAUGGAUCUGUCCAUUCUCAACAAUCUCUGCACUAUAUUGAUCCUCAGAAUCAGAACCAGUACGAACUGGCGAUCGGAGCGGUUCUUGAGAUAUGUCAGCAUUACAAUCACACCAAGCAGUUCGAAGUUAUGGGAUUCGGAGCUAAGAUACCACCAUCCAACACGGUCAGUCAUCUGUUUCCAUUGGUAAGUCGUCGUAUCUUUGCGUUUACUGUGUGUUUCCGAAGGAUCUCGAGACUCGGCAGAGGGUGAUCAAUGGCGUCGAGAGUGUGCUACAGAUGUAUCGGAAGGCCUUGUUCUCCAUCCAGUUCUACGGACCUACCAACUUCUCUCCGUCUGUCAAAGAGUUUGCAUACAAGGCCAGUCUGUUAGCCAAAGAGAAGAAUAGGUAUCAGAUGUUGUUGAUCAUCACCGACGGAGAAAUCACUGAUAUGCUCAAGACUGUGGAUGCAAUCGUUGACGUAAGGCUUUUAAAAUAUAUUUAUGUAUUUUAUAUUGAUUUAUUCAGUUAUUUAAGCUUUGUUUUGGAGAUACGUAUGAUAAUUAUGAUUUUAGGCCUCUGACAAACCUUUGUCAAUUAUUAUUGUUGGUGUGGGCAACGCCUCAUUUGACAAAAUGGAUGAUUUGGAUUCAGAUCAAGCCAUGUUAUCUGCAUCUAAUGGCCGAAAAGCCUUAAGGGACAUUGUACAAGUAAUUUUUUGUAUUUUUGCUUGAAAAGCCGUUUUUUACAUUUUUAUUUAGUUUUUUAAUCGAGAGAUCUGCACGGUUCAGUGGGAAAGUUCUUAAUUUUAACUGCAGUUUUACGUUCUUCCCUGCACUGUGCAAAAUUCUGCGAAAGUUGCGUAAUUGUGUUGUCAACUGCACUGUGCAGGCUUUUUUGUGGUCUUCUUUGACGAAUUGCACAGUGCAAGCUCCGCUCUUUGUUGCAAAAGCCAUCCCAUCUGCGACAAAUGUUUUUCCCGAAACGAAUGUCCUUCUCCGAAAUUUCCCAUUUGAAAGAAUCGCUGUCGCGCCGAGAAUUGGAAGAAAUCGCGCGACAAGCGGCGCGAUCUGCGACAGUCGCUUGCACCCUGCGACAUCCCAAUGGGAAUCGCAAUGUCGCAGGGUGCAAAGCUUUGCGACAGACUGUCGCGUCGCGAUUCAAAUGGCGAUGCGACAGUGUGUCGCGGUUGUCGCAACGCUCAAGCCACCACCGGGUUCAGUGGAAGGCUUGCGACAAGUUUCUUUUGGCUGUCGCAAGUCCCCUGACUUCUGCGACAACCGACCGGCGCGACAAUUGGGGGCUUGCACUGUGCAGUCUUUCCAUCAUCGUCUGGGGUUGCAAGCAAUCGCAGGGGAAUCUGCACUGUGCAGAGUGGAAUAAAAAGGGCGCGAUUUUCCCAGGGACUGCACUGUGCAGAGGGACAUUCUUUUCGGGAAAGACUGAUAACCAUUCUUGUGAACACAGAACGCACAUUGUUGCUGGGCAUCCGCGGCAGUUUUAUCGGUUCGCUUCUCCAAGAGCGAUGCAAGCAAUUUGUCGCGAAACGAUUUGUUCCGCGACAAAGCAACAGAAUCUCUGGUGUCGCGAGGUGCAAGCAGUUGUCGCGAUUGUUGCUCGAUUUCUCUUCAUUUUGAAAAGAAAUUCGGGAGCGACAAAGAUGCCGCAGGUUUCUUUGAAUUUUUGUCGCUUUCCAAUUGAAGGCAUUUGCGCGACUUUGAACAAAAAGUUGCGACAUUUGCUUUCACAUAGCGACAUUUCAGUUUAUUGGACUGUCGCAGGGGUAAAAGUUGUCGUAUUGCAUUUGGAAAGUUUUUGCGACAGCGUUUGGGGAUUGUCGCAAUGUUUCAGUUUCCACUGUGUUCAAUCGAAAGUUUGCGACAAAAUUUUAAGGGUAUUCGCAGAUGGGGACUUCUGCGAUAAACUUCACAGUUUGGAGAUUGCACUGUGCAUUUGUCUUUAUUGGGAAGCAAAUCUGCACGGUGCAGUCAUGGUUUUGUACAGUGCAAAGGUUUAUGAUAAAUAUGCACGGUGUAGCUGGGGUUAGGGAUUGCACUCUGCAGAUGUUUUACUCUUUAAAAACUGAUACAACGUUUGAUGCUUUUCAGUUUGUGCCGUUCCGUGACUUCUUUCCACCGAGUGGAAUGCCUCGGUCGCUUCUGGAAGCCGACCAAAUCAAACGUCGCCUGGCCGAAGCCGUUCUGGAAGAAGUGCCAGAACAAGUGACGUCGUAUAUGAGGAUGAUGAAGAUCUCUCCCGACCCUCCUCGCUUCCAACUGCCUCCAGGCGACGAUCUCCUCGACUUAAUACCUCCACUGAACACGUCUCGACCAGUCGAUUCCAUGUUGGACACCUCUCAACCCCCUGUUAACCCUGCUUAUCAACAAGUGCUACUAGCUUAA